CCAAUAAUUGCUAUUGUUUCAUUCUCAAGCCAUCCGAUGGGAGACCGGCGCCCUCGGCGCUUCGGCGCGCGGCACCACACGACGCGCGUAUCCGCACCCUCGGGCCCACACGGUGGCGGACCGGGUGGCUCACACUACGCCAACACGCUGGAGUUCGAAACUGUAGCCUCUGAGCGCUCAGUCCCUCGGAACCACCAGCACAGAGCCAACUGGGAGGAUACACACAGCCAAUUCGACUUCAGCCAGGAUAAUCAGUCUCGUGGGCAGCUGGAAGGGCCCCAUGCACCCGACAAGUACAAAUCCAGUCGACCUAAGGCCAGUGGCCAGAGUAUCAGUGCCCCAGGGUCAUCUUUCGCCAAUUCCGCGUCCUCCACGUCAACUCCAGGCGUCGCCGAUGGAGUUCUCAGCAAAGGUUUCAUUCCACCAAAAUCCCAGGGUGAUUUUCUGGAUAAUUUAACAAAGAUGAACACAAGAGCCAAUCGCGGCUCCGGGUCGAUACUGAAGGCGAUGGCGUACUCAACAUCCUCGUCGUCGUUGGAAAUUACCAGUGCACCACCCAAGGAAGAUAUUUCCAGGCCACAUACAGGAUCCAGUGGAUGGGUAAACACAAGAAUGAAGCAGCUACCGGCCAAACCCCGGAUCUUAUUAACAGCCAGUGAGAAGAGGAUGAAGUUAAGUAACAACACAAGGAAGACGCCGUCGCCAGUGGUGAGUCACUACUCGCUACGGGACCGGAACAAAACCACUUUAUUUGGUAUCUCACCGACCUCGACAGCGCCGUUUUCGAUUCGAAACUCAAGAGUAUCGAGACUGGGCAAGAGGAAAAUGAGCAGCGAAGGCUCAGCGUCGAAGCCCAUUGCGCUGGACUCGGAUUCGGAGCCUGACGUGCAGUCAGAUAGGGAUAUUGUGGACGAAGUUCUGGACGAUACGAGGAGAACUACACCGUUAAAGAAGCAGGACGUGAAAGCAGCUGUUAUUGACCUGGACGACAUGGCGCUGCGUGCCAUGGCACGGCUCAACAAUUGCGACGUGAUGAUUGGACUGUUCCAAUGCAUCGUCGACAUGUUCUUCCAAGGUGACAGUAUGUGUAUGCGCAAUAUUCGGGGGAAAAACGAGACUUGGCCGUUCGAGGAGAACUAUCUCUUCAAUCUCGACAAGCUGCACGAUAUCAGGUAUUACUGUGUGUCCAAGGAGGUCGAUGUGAGCGUAGAAAUCGAUGUCGACGAGCCCGAUCGGAUGGAACAGUUGCUAGACGAAGCAUCAUUCAUGGCAUUCAAGCUGCCGUUUGCAAGCGAAGCUGAUCAAACUGCGAUGAAAGAUUUUUACGACCCCACUGGCACAGAUGUUUCAAAAGGAUACAUGGUUCUUCGUCCGCUGGAGGAUACAACAGGAGGAGAUUUGAGUCAGAUUCAAGAACACCUGCGCUCUUUUGGGGAUGUCCAAGCAAUAAAUGAUAAGAAACAAGCGAAAGAACACCUGGAAGCCUUGCUGAGGGAUCCCUUUAGCUACAAGGCCAGUAGGCAAUCUCAACGAAGCGCCACUGAAGCAGACGCAGAGAGUUCGUCGGAGUCGGAGGAAGAUGAUGAGGAGGGCAGCAUCACUGUGCUAACGUACCCAUUGCCGCCCUGCACCUCGGAUAUUGUCACGAUCAUCCGCCGCGAUGUAUCGCGACUGAAGCCCAGGCGCUACCUAAACGAUAGCAUUAUCGACUAUUACUUCAAACGCAUGAUGUUGGACAGCUAUCGAGAUAACAAAACUGUCCAGGAGAAAGUUCUCUUCCUCAAUUCGCACUUCUACACACGCCUUCGAGGGGGGAAAGGAGCGACUGCGCUGGAGCGGAUGGAAGCUGGAUACAAAAAUGUGUCCACGUGGCUCGCGCGCUCCAAUUUCUUCGACCGCUCCAUCAUAUUUAUUCCAAUCAACAAGGAGUACGGCGCAGUCGAUGAACUCUGGCAAUCUUUGUGGUGCUGACUGGAUGUGUGUGUUCUUUACAGCUUGCACUGGAGCCUUGCUGUGAUUUUGAACCCUGGACUGGCAGGAUCUGACACCAUUAACGAGGAGGCUUUUUCGUGUAUCGCUGUGCUGGACCCACUUGGCUCGUAUCAUCGCAAAGCUGCCAUUAUCCGUAACUUAAGAGCAUUUUUGCGGAUGCGUUGGGAGAAUUCUCAAGACAAUGUAGGCGACUACGGGGUGGAUCGCGUUCUCACGGUGAACGUCAAGGCGCCACAGCAAGAGAACAGCUACGACUGCGGUGUUUACGUGUUGAAGUUUGCCGAAGUGAUGCUGAAAAAUUGUCUGGAACUCAACUUGCUGGAUCAGAAUGAAGGAGUGAUAAGCAAGGACGUGACAGACGGCAAUCUCGAGGCUUUGAUCACUUCGAGCGCGUUCUCUGCGGAGGACAUCACGGCCACUCGCAAGCAGAUUCGGCAGUACAUUGAGGCUGAUGCGAGUGAGUAUCAAAUUCGCAGGAAGGAAGAGAGGGCCAAGGUUUAAACAACAGUAAUGCGAUAUUAGCACGGUUUUGGCAAGUUGAAACAAAAAAAACUUGCCUUUUCGGUGUUCGACAUGCCGAGCGAGUGGUUUAAAACUGCCUUGCGUUUCGUGUGAAUUGCAUCCCGACGAUCUCGCCACUUGUUAAACCAGCA